AUGAGAUGCAUCAUUCCACCCAUUUACCUUCUGAUCAUCACCGUGGGCUUACUGGGGAACAUCACUCUAGUUAAGGUCUUUGUGUCCAACAGCUCAAUGAGAAGUGUCCCCAACAUCUUUAUCUCCAGCUUGGCGGUCGGCGACCUGCUUCUCUUAGUGACCUGCGUCCCCGUGGAUGCUGCCAGAUAUUUUUUCGAGGAAUGGGUCUUUGGCACAAUGGCUUGUAAACUCAUUCCCCUUAUCCAGCUCACUUCAGUGGGAGUGUCAGUGUUCACCCUAACUGCUCUCAGCGCCGACAGGUACAAAGCGAUUGUGAACCCUAUGGACAUCCAGGAGUCCAGCGCUGUCCUUUACACCUGUCUGAAGGCGGUCACCAUAUGGAUGAUCUCUGUGGCCCUCGCCAUCCCGGAGGCAGUGUAUUCACAGGUGGUGCAAUACCACGAUAGCACCAACAAGAGUUUCAGUGCCUGCGUGCCUUACCCGCUCUCCAACAAGCUGCACCCAAAAAUCCACUCCGUGCUCAUAUUCCUCGUCUACUAUCUCAUUCCCCUCAGCAUCAUCAGCAUCUACUACAUCCAUAUUGCCCAGACCCUAAUCAAGAGCGCACACAACAUGCCUGGGGAGAGCAGCGAUCACGCCAAGCGACAGAUGGAAACACGGAAGCGUCUUGCCAAGAUCGUGCUGGUAUUCGUUGGCCUGUUUGCUCUGUGCUGGUUCCCCAACCACGUGCUGUACAUGUACCGCUCCUUCCAUUAUGGCCAGAUCGACACUUCCCUCGGGCACUUUGUGGUCACCGUGCUGGGCCGGGUGAUGAGUUUCUGCAACUCCUGCGUCAAUCCGUUCGCCCUUUACCUGCUGAGCGAGACCUUCCGGAGGCACUUCAACAACAACCUGCGCUGCAGGGGGCACCACCGCCGCUCUGCCUCCAACAGCUACUUCCAGAGCACCUCCGCCAUGCGCAUGACAUCCAUCAGGAGCAGCAACAGGAACAUUGUCGCCAACGGACUCAGCCUCAAGCAGGAGUCAAUGGCGUGA